AUGGCCGAUUCCGAAGAACGUCCACCCGAGGCUGCACAGCAACCGGAAGCACAUGCUGAGCCAGAUACCACGACAGCAGAUGAAACAGCAGUGGCAGAAGAACUCCAGCCGCCACAAGGGGACACUGUUGAAGACGAAGCUGAACAGCCCGAGGGGGAACAACAGCCUGAGCUGGAAGACGGGGGAGAAGAGGACGACGAUGCUACGGAGACAGAUGCCUGCGAGGACGCUGGUGCUGAUGGUGGAGAUGACAAUGCCACGCUAAGGGGCUCAGAACAGACUCCUUCGGUUGUAAUAGAACAGUCGAGGUCGCGGUCUGACUCCCGGUCAACGGUUGCAACGCAGUCUGGCCAGCAGCGUUCAACACCUCUCAGCUCAGCUGUAUUCGUGAUCACUGCUUUGGAUACAAUUGCGGCCUCGAAGGAAGCCCGGAAGAGCAAGGAGCUGGAUGACGCAGUCAAGCAGGCUCAGGCCAACAUUAAGCAGUCCGACCACCAUCCAAUAGACCCAGAAUCGAUCUUUUUACCCUUACAAUUGGCGAGCAAGACCGAUAGUAUCCCGCUGCAGGUCACUGCCCUAGACUGUAUUGGCAAGCUGAUAACUUAUUCUUACUUUGCCUUUCCCUCCGUUCCCGAUGGAAGCGAGUCCGCAGACCAACCUCCGCUGAUAGAACGUGCAAUCGAGACAAUAUGCGACUGCUUCGAGAACGAACACACCGCUAUAGAGAUCCAGCAACAGAUUAUCAAGUCUCUCCUGGCUGCUGUACUUAACGACAAGAUUGUUGUUCAUGGUGCCGGCUUGCUGAAGGCAGUUCGACAAAUUUACAAUAUCUUCAUCUACUCCAAGUCUGCGCAGAACCAGCAGAUAGCACAGGGAUCGUUGACUCAAAUGAUUGGCACUGUCUAUGAUCGCGUACGCACCAGAUUGGAUCUCAAGGAGGUCCGUAUACAGGAGACCGAGACCCGGGAAAAUCGCAAUGGCUCUACCGUUGACUCACCCCCUAACGCUGCGGAGGAUGGUGCCGUCACGGACGUUGAAGGACAAUCAGAUAUUGGAACCUCAAAUGUUGUAGAUCAACCUGUCGCAAAGGAGCCGACGGAGAAACUGACUCUACAAAGUUUCGAGACCAACAAGGAUGAUACCAUGGUCAAUGAUAGUGCACCAACAAUGGUCACAAGGGCCAAGGUGGUAAGAAAGACAUCUAGAUCUGGCGAGGAACUUGAUCCAGCAGCCGAUGAAGAGGAUGAAAUAUAUAUCAAGGACGCCUUUUUGGUCUUCAGGGCUCUAUGCAAACUGAGUCAUAAAGUGCUCACCCAUGAGCAACAGCAAGACCUGAAGGCGCAGAAUAUGAGGUCAAAGCUACUCUCUUUACAUCUAAUGCAACACCUCCUAAACAACCAUAUUGCUGUUUUCACCUCACCCAUUGCAACCAUCAAACACGGUUCAAACUUUGAUGAAAGCAUGACGCUACUACAGGCCAUCAAGCCACAUCUUUGCCUUAGUUUGAGUAGGAAUGGCGCUAGCUCGGUUCCCCGCGUAUUUAAUGUCUGCUGUGAAAUAUUCUGGCUGAUGUUAAAGCAUAUGAGGGUGAUGUUAAAGGUUAGAUGA